GUUCUAGUUGCUAAGAGACCUGCUGUCGACCAUCACAACACAGAAACAUGUCGUCAAGUUUUUCCGCGAAUCAGUAUGACAGCGCGUUUAAGUCGAAUAAACUGCAGAACUGGACACAACCAAAGUCCUUCAAAGAGAGACCGUCUGUGACACAAGGUCACACCACAUUUAUAGCUACAGAUCAAGGACACCUGCUUUCUGAUGUGAAGCGUGGAAGUGCGUGGUCAUCAUUUAAGGGAACCUGGGACUUACCAAAGCGCAUUCCUCCAGUCAAUAUAAAUCCUACAGCACGCUCACAGGAGGGCCAGGAGCGCCUCAGAGCUUGGUCACAGCGCCUGCUCUCUUCAGCUACUGGCAUGCCUAGUGAAUGCUAUGGAGACAACAGAGCCAACAGAACUCCUCAUGAAGAGAACACAAACGACAAUCAGCUGCAUGAGGAAGUUUCUGCUCCAGAUGGGCUAGUACCUGAAAUGGAAAGACCUGUGUCUCAAGAAAGUCAAGCUUCCUCUAGACCUGCAACUCAACAAAGUCAAGUUCAUUCUAGACCUGCAUCUCAAGGACGUCCAGUUGAGUCGAGACCUGCAUCUCAACAUUGCCAAGCUAAUUCCAGACCUGCAUCUCAAGGACGUCCAGUUGAGUCUAGACCUGCAUCUCAACAAAGCCAAGCUCAUUCCAGACCUGCAUCCCAAGGACGUCCAGUUGAGUCGAGACCUGCAUCUCAACAUUGCCAAGCUAAUUCCAGACCUGCAUCUCAAGGACGUCCAGUUGAGUCUAGACCUGCAUCUCAACAAAGCCAAGCUCAUUCCAGACCUGCAUCCCAAGGACGUCAAGUUGAGUCGAGACCUGCAUCUCAGCAAAGCCGAGCUCACUCUAGACCAACCUCCCAGAAAUCCCAGGCAAAAUCAGAGCCAACCACCCAGCCAAACCAUGUUGAGCCUCGUUCAGCCUCUAAGCAAAGCCAGGCUUAGUACAGACCACCAACCAAGGCCAGACAAACUUUAAAAAGUCCAUCUACAGAUUAAGAACUAAAAAAAGUGUGUCUUUGAGUCAGUAUGCAGUUUAUAUAAUAAUAUAUUAUAUAUUAAGCUACCUGGCUUUCUGAUAGUGUUCCAUAAAUCAAAGAGACGUUUUAACUUGUACCCUCAAAAUUUAUAAUCAUUAUAUCUAGGUCAAUAAAACUAAUAAGUACCACUGCAAA